AUGCCCCAACAAGAGUUUCAUAAGCAAGCAGAUUAUUCGCAGAAAAUGCUUUCGGACGUGAACACUCAGCUGGUUACCGUGGCACGAGAUGCACAUAAGUCAAACAUGCAGCCACAACUCGAUCAAGGUGACUGGCAGCAAUGCGACAAUGGGUAUCAUAGUCGAGAAACCAUUAAUAUUAAUUCCCUUGCCCAAGUCUACGGCUCCAUCUUACAAAGUCCAUACCCUAGUCCGAAUAUCGUCACUCUGGAUGCACUUCAAACGCCAUUACAGGUUUCGACGUUUCCACAAACUCAGCCUGUGAGGUUUGGUGACGAAAUUUCUAUGCAAUAUGAUUAUUCUUUUGAUCAACAGGUAUAUCCUGAUGGACAGUACGAACAACCUCCAACGCCUACUUCGAAUUCUUCUUCACGUCCUUCAUCCCCAAGUUUAAUCAAUCAAAAACCACCAGUCUAUACAAAAUGGACCGAGGAAGAAGAUCAAUUACUACGAGCUGCGAUUAGCAUUUAUGGACCUCACAAGUGGUCAUUAAUAGCCGCGCAUGUACCGAAUCGUACACCAAUGCAAUGUUCGACCAGAUGGUUGGGUGCGUUAAAUCCCACAAUACACAAAGGCCGUUGGACACCGGAAGAAGAUGCUGCGCUAAAAGAUGCCGUAUCAGAAUACGUGGAUUUGACCGAUUCGGACGGAAAUCCACAGCCAAUUCCUUGGAAUAAAAUUGCUGCUCGUAUUCCUCAUCGAACGGGAAUCCAAUGUCAGGCACGAUGGUCCGAAGCAUUGGAUCCGCGUGUUCGAAAGGGAAAAUGGUCACCUGAAGAGGAUGAGAUAUUGAAAGAAGGCGUACGAAGAUUUGGAAGAUGUUGGAUUCGAAUCGCCGAAAUGAUUGAUGGACGCACUCAGAGACAAUGUCGGACUCGAUGGGUGCAAAUAAAAAAUAAGCAAGCGAAACUUGAACGUGAUGCGAAUGCCGCCGCAACAUCCGCAAAUGGGGCAAGUGAUAAUGAUAGUGGUAGUUCAGUUACGAUGAUAAGUCCACCAAACUCUACACCAACUACACCUACAAUGGGUAUAACCGCUGGAAAUUUAGUUCAACCUGGAACGGAAGGAGAUGAUGGUGAAUUACAUCAACAGCAAAUUCCUCCACCACUAGACAUUCCUUCAUCCAGUCCAACAUCAUCAUCAAAUAAUAGUCCAACAACGAUAAACACACCUCAAUUAUCGGGUAUUAGUGGAAAUAUCGGCGUUACAACACUGAAAAUGGAUCCACAAAACUCGUUACAACAAAUGAUCUAUAAUUCGCCAAACGGUAUAAUACCAAAUCAAUAUCUCUUGAUUUAA